AUGGCGUUAGCUCGCCGGUUCAACAAAAUGUUCGUUCAGGGAGGGAAGCAAGAAGGGGCCCCCGCCCCCUCCGGCAAGCCUCGCAAUCCGCACACGCAAACGUCGCAAGAUCUCGACAACAACAGCGAGCCUCGUCGCUCGCGAUCAUUCGCACGUCGCAGCUACGACAGCAGCGCGGCUCCCGCUGGUUCGACUCCACCCACCGACGCUUUCGCGAAAAUGCGGUUACCAUCGUCGGCUUCGGUGGACGGGAAGCGGGAUGCUGCGGGUCAAUCGGGUGAUCAUCUCGUGGACUCCCCCGAUAAAGUCACAUCGAAAUGGAGCAAAGCCGACUGGCAGGAGAUCAUCAGCGCCUUACAGACGGCUUCUAAAGGGUGUCACAAGUGCGGAGAUUCCUCCGCCAAUCCCUCCCUCGCUUCCGCCUUGCGCCUCGUCUCUCAGCUAAAAGCCGGUGGCACCUCCUUCCCGGACAUGCACGGCGCAAUGACGGACGAUGGCCCGUCCGCGUGCCCUUACCUAGGCGGAAAGGCUGGGGGAGGAGGGGCGGGGGGAGAUGCGGGGGAAAGAGGGCCGCGGGUGGCGGGGCUGGUUCGGACGCCCUCUGGCGCGAGCAGUAACACGGACUCGCUUAUAACGGGGACGACUCAUAGCGUGGGAGUGGGAGCUGGAGCGGGAGGGGGAGGGGGGAGCGUUGUGAGCGCAGCUGACCUUCUGAAUCGGAGAAUGCUGUCGAUGAUUACUAAGGCGCACGAGCUGUACGCCAAGGAUACGACUCCCAAUGGCAGCAAGGUGGCAGAUUUUCUCCUCUCCCAGCUGCUGGAGCUCACCCAGUCGCCUGCUGGCUUCAUCUGCAGCGCCGUACGGAAGCCCGACGGCGCUGUUUCCCUCAAGACCCACUCUAUCACCAACUUUGCAUGGACGAGGGAGCUGCGCCUGUGGUACACGGAGAAUGCCGCCAAGGGGCUCGUCUUCAGCAACCUCAACACGCUCUUCGGCCAUAUUGUGAAGACCAGCGAUGUGGUUCUCAGCAACAACGCUCCGGACGACCCUCGCUCUGCUGGCCUGCCCCCCGGCCACCCCCCCAUCCACAACUUCCUAGGCGUCCCGCUAUUCCAUGGUUCGGAGCUGAUAGGGGCGUGGGCGGUGAGCAACAGGAAGGGGGGGCUCGGAGCUGAUAGGGGCGUGGGCGGUGAGCAACAGGAAGGGGGGCUGAUAGGGGCGUGGGCCGUGAGCAAUAAGAAGGGGGGGUACGAGGAGAGCAUGCUGGGGAAGCUGCAACAUGCCUGCCUGCCAGUGACUCAACCUCAUGUAUAUCCUGCUCCCUGCCUUCCCCAUUCACCUAGGUUCCGAGCUGAUAGGAGCGUGGGCGGUUCCGAGCUGAUAGGCGCAUGGGCAGUGAGCAACAGGAAGGGAGGGUAUGAGGAAUCCAUGCUGGGGGAGCUGCAGCCUGUCUGUGACUUAACCUCCUUUAUUCCCUUCUUCUCCAUUCCGUACUUGCUGCCAGGUUCCGAGCUGAUAGGGGCGUGGGCAGUGAGCAACAGGAAGGGAGGGUAUGAGGAAUCCAUGCUGGCGGAGAUGCAGCCUGUGACUAAAACGGUGGCCCAGAUAGUGGCGGGCAUUCAGGGCAGGAAGAAAGCAGCCGAGAAGGAGAAACUCAUGGCGUCCAUGCUCAAGGUAGGGGUGGCCUUGACGCUUCAAUUCAACGGGCAAGGGAAGAAGAAGUGCAUUUGGGGCAGGAAGAAGCGGCCGAGAAGGAGAGAGAAGCGCAUGGCGUCCAUGCUCAAGGGCAGGAAGAAAGUGGCCGAGAAGGAGAAGCGUAUGGUGUCCAUGCUCAAGGGGGGCUCGAUGCUCAAGGCAGGGGGGCUCGAUGCUCAAGGCAGGGGGGCUCGAUGCUCAAGGCAGGGGGGCUCGAUGCUCAUCAUGAUUAGUCGACUCAAAAGCCACCGCUUCCCUAACUCCUCUUCCGUGCGCCUCUGCCCCUCCCUGCUCUCUCCACGGAGCACCAUAGAAGCCGUCAUAGCACUGGACAACAGCGGCACCAUCACGGCUGUGCAGUCCCAUGCCCCUUCUCAUGCAUGUUUGUAUGUGUGUUCCCUCUCCCCUCCUUUCCACUGCCCUCCCCUCCCUGCCCUCUCUCAGAGCACCAUAGACGCCAUCAUUGCUCUGGACGACGGCGGCACCAUCACGGGAAUGAACCGGGCGGCGCGGACCCUGUUUGAAUUCACUCAAAUCUUGCCCCCCCCUCCCCUCCCCUCCCCUCCCCUCCCUGCCCUCUCUCAGAGCACCAUAGACGCCAUCAUUGCUCUCGACGACGGCGGCUCCAUCACGGCAAUGAACCGGGCGGCGCGGACACUGUUUGGAUUCACCGAAUCUGGCACCGGCAGCAGCGGGGAUGACGUGGACGCGUCCACUCUCCCCGACACCCUCCACAUCACGGAUCUUCUGGAGUCUGUGGAUGGGUCAGAAGACUUUAUAGAGACCGAAGACUUUAUAGAGACCGAAGACUUUAUAGAGACCGAAGACUUUAUCGAGAACGGUGAGCACGGGGAUGGUGUGAAUGCACCUAGUCAGACGUGGGCGCGUCCACCCUCCCAGACACCCUCCACAUCACGGAUCUUCUGGAGUCUAUCGAUGGCUGAUGGGACACCCACCCACAUGGUCGGCGGCAGCAGCGGGGAUGACGUGGACGCAUCGACUCUCCCCGACACCCUCCACAUCACGGACCUUCUUGAGUCUGUUGAUGGAUCUGAGGACUUCAUAGAGACUGGCCUCGACACGUUUAUAGGAGACGACCGCCCGGUGUCAGCCGUCGGGCGGCAGAUCGUGGGCGGCAAGGUCUUUUUGGAUCUAUCUGUGGCGUCAGGCGCUACUGCUGACGUGGCAUACGUGCUGACAGCGCGGGAGCUUCAGGCAGGCGGUGGGAACAUGCAUGUGCCUGGCACACCUGGUUCGGCUUACAGUGGGGGAGGGGGGAGUAUGAGUGGGGAGAUGGCAGAAAUGGGGGGCAUGGGAAGAAUGGGGGGCAUGGGGGGGAUGGGGGGCAUGGGAGGAAUGGGGGCAAUGGGGGGAAUGGGAGGAAUGGGAGGAAUGGGGGGAAUGGGGGCCAUGGGCAUGGGUAGGGGUAUGCAUGGGGGCAUGAGUGGGGGCAUGGGUGGGGGUAUGGGCGGGGGCAUGGGUGGGGGUAUGGGCGGGGGCAUGGGUGGGGGUAUGGGGGCUUAUGAUUCGAUGGGGCAUGGUCGGGGCGGGAUGGGUGCGAUGAGGCCUGGGGCUGGUGGUGGUGCUGGUGGGGUGGGUGCUGGGGCAUCUGCUGGUUCGGAAUUCGGUGGUAUGGGCGGUGCUGGUGGUGGUGGCAUCAAGUUGGCAGGUCUUGAUAUCAAGCCGUAUCAGCAGAAGCAGCAGUCCGGUACUAGUAGUUGCGAAAGUUAUGCGCAGAAGGAUGAGUACAACACGUAUGUGUAUGAUGGAAAUGGUAUUUAA